GGAGUCAUUGUGCCAAAUGUCAAGGCAUUAAUGGAUUCAUUUUGUUCCAAAUAUAUUGUCAAAAAAGGAAGCAACCUAGUCCCAAUCCUUAUUAUGACACCAACCAUUUGAUUUGAUGUACAGGCAUUUGCUUUAGUUGUAUAGAUGUAAAGAAACCGAUGUCACUACAUACAGUAUAAACAUAUUUACAGCAACUCAGUGCAUACAUCAUAAACAACAACGCAUUGUCAAAUAAAAGUCCCUAAGUGUAACCUUUUUAGAGGGAAAAAAUUACUAAAAACUAUUACUUUUGAAUGAGCUCUCUCUGACGCCGCCCGCAUCACUUGUCAGGGUUGGGAAAACGAACACUGGUUGGAUUGAUGACGAUGGUGCCUUCACUUUCUUGGAAAACUGACCGCCCCGAAGGGACCGAGCAUAAACAGCGCGGUUUUGUGUCCUACAAGCAGUAGACAUUUGACAAUAAAAAAUAUAGUCCAUUGUAUUAUCUCGAUGCGGGAAAAUGUUUGAAUUAAAGGUGGAAAAACAUGUAGCGACACCAUUUGGCCACUCAACUGGUGCACAAUUUGUGCGAUUCAUAAAUAAACCAGAGGCACUUGAAUACGCAAACCGUUUCAACUGUGAUCUUGAAUUUACGAGGGUAAUGAAGGCAACCGAAGGGGCAGGAACUUUGCGUAAGGAAGUGCAAGAACACAUUCGUCGUUUUAUCCAGACUAAGUCAAACGGGUUACCAGCUUCUAGUUUGUUCUAUGGUCGGAGUAAGCGGUACCAUGUCUGGUAGAUGGUUGAGCAGUGCGGCGGUAACCCACGUGCUGGUGGCUCUGUUCGCCAUGGGGUCCUGGAUUUCCGUAAACAGUCUGUGGCUCGAGCUCCCAGUGGUCGUCAAUGUGCUGCCCGAAGGUUGGAACCUGCCUGCCUAUAUCUCAGUGCUGAUAGCGUUUGGGAACAUUGGUCCAAUAGCAGUGACCAUCACACACCACUGUGCUCCAGGACGUUUAAACGAACGCCUCGUCAUCCACUGCAUCCAGGUGCUGGCCGUGGUAGCCUCGGGUUGCCUGGCUGUUUUCUGGUCACACACCGUCACAAUAGCUGAAGAAGAAAGGUCACUGGUGUUCCUGCUCUUCACCUUUGUGUUGUCUUUUGUUUGCUGUACGUCCAACGUCACCUUCCUGCCUUUUAUGUUCAGUUACCCCCCCCAGUACAUUCGUACUUUCUUCAUUGGCCAGGGCCUCAGCGCCUUGUUUCCUUGUUUAGUGGCUUUAGGGCAAGGCGUUAGCAAGCUGGAGUGUAAAACUGUAAAUAGCACAGUGCAGCCAGAGUAUUUAAAAGAGAACUUUCCUGCACAGAACUUCUUCUGGUUCUUGUGCGUCAUGCUGUCAAUCUCAGCGCUGAGUUUCCAGGCUUUAAUGCAAAGGCAGACAGAGUCACAGGAAAAUGCACCGCCACAGGAGCCUGACACUUUAGCAGCAGAAAAGAAUGGAGACGAAACACACCCGCUACACAACGGAGGGACACCGGUGUCUGAGGAUCAGGUGCAAGUGGAGGAACAGCCACAGACAUUUUGGACACAGCGGAACAUCUACCUGCUGUCUUUGCUCGCAGUCUCCAAUGCCCUCACCAAUGGGGUCCUGCCAUCUGUACAGAGUUUCUCCUGUUUGCCUUAUGGCACCAUGACCUUUCACCUCUCUGUGGUCCUUGCCAACAUAGCGAACCCCCUGGCCUGCUUUGUAGCUAUGUUUUUUGUCCUGAGGUCCUCCACUGGUCUGGGCUUCUUGUCUUUAGCAGGGGGAGUAUUUGCUGCAUACCUCCUGGCGUUAGCAGCACUCAGCCCCUGUCCUCCACUCCUGGGAAACCCUGCUGGUGUGGCUUUAGUGGUCAUUUCAGGGAUUAUUUUCACCGGCCUCUUCUCCUAUCUGAAGGUGGUGAUUGGGACUUUGCUUCACGAGGCGGGUCACGCUGCCCUGCUGUGGUGCGGCAUCUCUAUCCAGGCCGGCUCCCUUAUCGGAGCGCUCACCAUGUUCCCUCUGGUCAGCGUAUAUCACGUGUUUAAACAGGCUCAAGCAUGUGUGGAUAACUGCAGCAAGCAGGAGUGAGACAUGUCUCAAUUCAUUUUUUUUUUUCAUGGGAAAUUACUGUUUUAGCCCAGUUUUUGGGGCUCCUAAGUGAAGCACCACAUCUGUCUUGGCCUCAUCUUUCCGGUUGUGGAUCAUGCCACCAAUGAGGCAUCCUCUCCUGAUUCAGAGGCCUCUGACCUGUGAAAACAUUUCCAGAUAAUGAGAGCAUUGUAUUGCUGCACAUUGGACAAGGGGAUGUAAAAAGCGUAUGAUGCAGUAAUACCACAAGUGCUUUGUGUGUGUGUUUUUAUUUUUUAUUUUUAUAAUGAAUCUCUGUUAGUUUUACUAUAGAAAAAUCAGCAGCUGAUGUUUUUUUCCCCAAAAUAAUAAACCAUGUGAAAAGUA